ACUUUAGUCAAUCUGUAUACGAGGUUUAUACAUAAAGCCUCUUUACCCUCUGUCCAUUUAUUGUCAAUAAAAAUGGGUGCAACAGCUCCUCCAGUAUGUUUGGUUCUUGUGUUGACAUUUCCCUCAGCGCUAUGGAAGUGUAACGUUUUAUGUGGGCAACACUCCCCAGCAUUUCCUCUGUUGCUUCUUCUACUGCUGUUUGGCUUAGAACGGCUUCCUCCUUCCAGAGGUAGAAUGCAAGACAAGAAGUGAAAUGAACAGAUCUGCUGUCCAGUCCACCUUCACCACGUGCUAUGGCGCAGACUUACAGUGGGGGCGCUACCAAGCAUACAGCAGGCUCAGCCCUGCCUUGUGAAACGUCUGGAUUUUUCUGAAUGCUAUUUAUGGAGAAACAGGAUUUUUAAGUGAUUUUUAUUUAACCCCUUAAUGAAAGAGGAUCUGAUAACUAAAUCAUGCCUCCUGUUUUUAAUAUCAUUUCAAGAAUCUGACCCAUGAAUGCAGUUUUCUGACUGUGUACCCUUCAUCCAGGCCAGCCAUCUUCUGUUGUCUCAUUUGGGUUUUCAGGAGGGAUCUGGUCCCAAGGAAAUACUCAGAGAAGCAAAAGCAACAAUGAGUUUUCAGUCUGCACGUCAGAACCAACAGGAAUAAAACUCUCCAGGGAUAUAUGGCAACAAAACCUGCCAAGCAACUCUGCUCAAGUGAUUGAAGGAGGCGCUGCUGCCGGGAGGAACCGAUGGGAGAGAAAGGUCAGGCUGGGCCCUAACCCACCAGGACCCCCACUCCAGGAACCAAGGGGCUUCUCCUGGAAGCUUAAAGGAAAAAUACUCAAAUUAUGGUAAUAACAAUGCACUUGGAGCUCAAAACAUGAGCCAGCUUCGAGCCACAAAGUCUGGACUUAUGGCGUGCACAGUUAUCUGCAUCUUCAUUUUUCUUUAUUUAAGGAAUCCAACUCCUGCAGAACCAGAGGAGGAACCUAUCUAUCCAGAAGUAGUAGAAUGUGGCUUUUACCCAGAUGAACUGUGUUCCGCUUUAUUUGAAGGGAAAGGGGCAGCCCCCCAAAUUGCAAAAUUUUGCAAAAUCCCUCAUAAAUCCAAAAUACAUGAUCAUUUACACACACCAGGAAACUGUUCCAGGAUUUCUCACGGGCUACAUUUCAUAACCAGACCCCUGUCUGCAGAAGAGGGCAAUUUCUCUUUGGCAUAUAUUAUAACUAUUCAUAAGGAGCUGGCCAUGUUUGUACAGCUUCUCAGAGCUAUUUAUGUACCUCAAAAUGUUUAUUGUAUUCAUGUUGAUGAAAAGGCCCCAAAGAAGUUUAAGACUGCUGUGCAAACCUUGGUUAACUGUUUUGAAAAUGUUUUCAUUUCCUCCAAGAGAGAGAAGGUGGCUUAUGCUGGCUUUACAAGACUACAGGCAGAUAUUAAUUGUAUGAAAGAUCUAGUGCAUUCCAAAUUUCAAUGGAACUAUGUCAUUAAUCUUUGUGGAGAGGAUUUUCCCAUCAAAACCAACAAAGAAAUCAUAUACUACAUCAGAAGCAAAUGGAAUGAUAAAAAUAUCACUCCUGGAGUAAUCCAACCACCACAUAUUAAAUCCAAGACAAGUCAAAGUCAUCUCAAAUUCAUUCCUGAAGGAAAUACCUACGCAUCUCCAAAUAACAGAUUCAAAAAUAAACCACCUCAUAACUUAACUAUUUAUUUUGGAAGUGCUUACUAUGUACUUACGAGAAAGUUUGUAGAGUUCAUACUGACUGAUAUCCGUGCAAAAGACAUGCUUCAGUGGUCCAAAGGCAUCCACAGCCCAGCGCAACACUACUGGGUGACCCUGAACCGACUAAAAGAUGCUCCAGGUGCUACACCAAACGCUGGCUGGGAAGGAGAUGUUCGAGCUAUUAAACGGAAAAGUGAGGGAGGAAAUGUUCAUGAUGGAUGUAAAGGCCACUACGUCCAAGACAUCUGUGUAUACGGACUAGGAGAUCUGCCGUGGCUCAUUCAGUCGCCUUCUCUGUUUGCCAACAAAUUCGAACACUCGACAGACCCGCUUGUGGUUACCUGCUUAGAGCAGCGGCACAGACUUCAGGCGCUCAGGCAGGCAGAAGUUCCUACAGAGCCACACUGGCACUUCCAAAAGCAGAGUCAUUUCAGUAUGAGACUGCACCGCUAGGGAGUGUCUGCUUUCUUACUUGUUGACUUGAAACAAGAGAACAUUGAACCAAAGAAAGUGGGAAAAUCAUUCCGAGAUACAAAUUAUUCCUUAAAUGAAUACAGAAACAUGCUGUUGACCAGACUUUACUAUUGAUUACAGGCCACUUUUAUAGCUGUGGGAAGGAAAUCACAAGACAAAAAAACUCAAGCCUACCACUGGUGACAUACAGCAAUGCAUUUAGAAGGCCAACUGCUUCAGUAAAAAGCUGCUGAAAACACAAAUUCUCCAAACACUUGGAUCCAGGCUCAAGCUAGAGUAAGAAUGACACAGCCUGUUUUGAAGACCCAGAUAUUAAGAAAGAACAAACUCCCAGGGAAAAUGAAAAUAUGCUUAUCUGAAACAGUCCUCACUGGCUGCAAACAAUGUAACUGUUCUGGCAGUCCCAGACAAAUACUGAUCAGUAUUUGUCUUUAGGUGAAAUGGAACUCAUCUGCAGUAGCAACCACACCUGGUUAAAAAGGGUGCCCUAAGUGUCUGCGGUCCUGACGUGACCUGCCAUCUCCUAGCACCCUCUGUGGGGUAGACACAUUCCACAGCCGAGCUGUCCAACGCUCACCAGAGCCACAGGGGCUCCUGGCAUUGGAAUAUGGCUAGUGCAACUACAAAAGUGAAUCUUAAUUUGUAUUUAAUUUUCUAAAAUUAAGUUACCUUUAAAUAGGCACAUGUGGCUACCGGCACCAUGCUGAACAGCACAGACCUGAGACAUGAAUGGUCUUAAUUAUCUCUAUUCACAGAUUUGGGUCUCCUCCCUUACAAAGUCCAUGACUUUUUUGUUGUUGCUGCUGCUGCUGUAGAGAACUUUAUGUACAGUCCUUCUCUAACAAGAGUUCAUACGGCAUCAUAUGAAACUGAAAUGCAUGACUAUUAAAUGGCGCAACAUACAAGAGAUUUUAAAAAGGGAUUUAAAAAAGAGAAAACUGGAACCAGAGGAGAGGAAAUGAAAGAAACAAUUCCAACGCAAAGUGUAAACACCUCAGUACAUGGAAGCUUCCCACGCAUAGAAAUGAAGUCGAAUCGCUGUGUGUCAAUGAGAUAGCCCUGGGAAAACAUAAUUGCUAGCCAGAGGGGAAAGGAAUUUGGAAGACAGAUCCCACAGAUCAAACAUCAAGGAACCACAGAAAAUUAACACCUUUGUUUAAACAAACAUUUCUUUCCCUUGGAUAUCUAAUCCAAGAAAAGCACAUAUGGAAAAAAUAUAUUAAGACUUUCAAAAAGAACACAGGAGCCCCAUGACAGCGCACCACCGCCUUCCUACACAUUUUUACAGGCAAACAAGGCGCUCCCAAAGGCAAUACCUGGCUACGUGCUGACGGGCUAUUCAUUCAGAAAGCUCAGAUCACCACGAUUAUGUCCCCGGUAUUUUAUAACUCAAUAGCAACUGAAUGUAAACCCCACUAAUGGAACAAUAAAAAAGCUUCUAUCAUUCAAGUUACUUAAAGCCUGCCUUCACUUCAUUCCAGUAUCAACCCAUGAUACACCCAGUCACAUACUGUGGAGGGGGACUUGUGAGAGCAUCCGCCCACCAGCACUGUUAGGAGGGCGUGGGUGCUCCUGGGGAAGAAGCACUCAGAGAAACGUCUGACAUUCUUAAUGGAGGAGGAAAUCGAGACACAGGGAGACGAUGAGAUGUUCCUGGGAUCACACAGCUGGGAAGGUGAGGAUGGGAUACACUCUGCAGUAUACUGCUGAGUCCCAGGCAGCUACACCACCUCACCUCACACAAAGCAGCACAAAUUAAAACAAACACCUGCCCCAACAAGCUUACAUCCUGCAAUGAAGUCGUGUCCUGAACAAAUCAUUGCAGUAACAGCAGGAUAAAGCAGAGUAACAAAAGGACCCUAAGUGCAUGUGGAAUGCAGCAGCCUAAGACUGGGCUUCCGUGGAGGGUGGGGGUAGCGAUGGAAAAGGAAGCUGAAAGGCAGGGAGGCCAAGGCAGGGAGGCUGAGAGGCAGCCUCAACAGGCCUGGGAGGCUGAGAGGCAGCCUCAACAGGCCUGGGAGGCCAAGGGAAAGCAGCAGCCUCUGUGAACAUCAGAACGAGAAGCCUAGGCUCACUCUCUCCUGAUCAGACCCUCAGUGUGUUCAUGGGUACAGUAAAAGAACAAAAUUAAAUCUCAUGUAAAAAAUGUCUGAAAUAUAUUGCCAAGGUGAUGUAUAUAAAUAGGAAUCUCAAAAUAAUUUCUCUAGCUUUUUGGGAACAGAACCCUCUUGCUACCACAUAAAGUUUACUCUUCAAUUUUUUGAUUCAAUUUUUCUUACAUAUGAAAGUUUAUGGCUGCCUGUGCUGUGUCGUAUGUGAUUUCUUGAGGCUAAAUAUUCGCAAAGAGUAUAAAGACAGCAUAAAGCUAAAAUAAUUCCAAGGCCAAAGCCUGAAAACCAGAAUUAGCUGCAUUGACUACUACUGACGACACUCCUUUUCCCUAACCUAACUUUUUCUCUUUCCACUCCACCAGCUCCAUGAAAAGCAGGUAGACAACAGUGCAAGUAUGUAUUUUUUGACUUCUGACUUUAAAACACCCACACACCUCAUUCACCUAUCUACAAAGCCCAAAUAAAUGAAUCACAGAGACAGCGAGUCCAAUGCUACUGAUCACAACUCCAAUACUCCACAUCAGCAAUUUUCAAAUUUUACUGUGCAUUAAAAAUCAUCAAAAAAUCUUAUUAGAAUGUAGAUUCUACUUCAGCUGAUCUGGGGUAGGGCCCGAGAGUCUUUCAUUCUUUCUUUUCAGUUAACUAAUUUUUUUUAAUCUUGUUUUUUUUUUUUUUUUUUUUCCUGAGACGGUCUCAUUCUGUGUCACCGAGGCUGGAAUGCACUGGCACCAUCACUGCAGCCUUGAACUCCUAGGUUCAAACCAUCCUCUUGUCCUAGCCUCUCACAUAGCUAGGACUACAGGUGUAUGGCACCGUGGCUAUUUUAAAAUUUGUUGUAGAAACAGGGUCUCCCUAUGUUGCACAGGCUGGUCUUGAACCCCUGGCCUCAAGUGAUGCUCCCGCCUUAGCUCCUAAAAGGCUGGGAUUAUAGGUGUUAGCCAUUGUGCCUGCCCAAAAGUGGGCAUUUCUUAAAAAAAUAAACAAAAAACCUGCCAGGUGAUGACAAGAUUGCAGGUCUGUGGGUCAUGCUUUGAGUAACAAGCCCAUCAUUUAUUUUGCAGCCUGUAAUUACUGCAAUGUGUUUCUUCUUAUUACAAGAAGUGCAGAGCACAGUAGGGAAUACAAUUAAUUUUUUGGCUAGUGAUUUGUUUAUAGUAAACACAAAAACACCUAGCAACUACAUCUCCUUGGACCCUGUUUACUGAAACCAGUGUGCACACCCUGUGUUUUAGAACAUGGCACCAAUGCCAUUUCAAGCUCUCAAGUCUCUUUCGGUGAACUGAAAAGCCAACUGUUGGUGAAACUACAGCCUGAAAAGUGGAGAAAAUGUAUACCCUCAACACCACUGAGGUUCCUGACAUUCUUACGGCACUGGUUUCUCUAAAUGUUAGACAUUACCUAAAAAGUGAAAAUACUUGUUUUAGACUUUGACACUGUGGCUUUCUCUCUUCAUUCAGUUUUGUGAUGCACUACAGUUCCUGAAACUGCACCAUCACUUUUCUUUUUGGCAGAGUUUGGCUAAAAUAGGUAGUGUUCACCUCUUCUUCCUGGGCAUCCAGCUAGACUACAUUUCCCAGGUUACCUUGCAGGUGUGGCCAUAUGACUGAGUUCUGGUUGAUACAAUGUGAGCAGAAGCCACAAGCGUCCCUUCAAGGCCUGGUCCAUAACAACCUCCUAAAAGGUCCAUACCAUCUCCUAAAAGAGAUGUUCUCGUCUCUUUCUGAUAGGAACAUGUUCCCAAAACAAGAGGUCAGAGCUACAAGACAGCAGCAGCCUGAAUCUUUACCUUUGGAAGAAGGCUGCCCACUGGAUUAGCCGCUGGAAAUUUGGGGUUGUUUGUUACAGCAGUUAGCCAACCCUGACCAAAACACAGGUUAAAAAUUCCUUAUCAGAAAAUAUGAAAUCUGAAAUGCUUCAAAAUCUGAAACAUUCUGAGUGCUAACAAGUUGUCACAAAUGGGAAAUUCCAUACCUGAUCUCAUGUGAUAGGUCACAGUCAAAACUCUGAUUAAUGUAUAAAAUCAUUAAAUAUAUUGUAUAAAAUUACCUUCACGCUGUAUGCAUAAAGUGUGUAUAAAAUUUAAAUAAAUUUAGACUUGGGCCCUACCCCCAAGACACCUCAUUAUGUUUAUAUUAAUAUUCCAAAAUCCAAAAAAAUCUGAAAUUUAAAACACUUCUGGUCCCAAGCAUUUCAGAUAAGGAACAUUCAACCUGUACUUAGUAUUAUUAAGCUUUAGAAAUUUGAAAUUAAAAAUUGGAAUUUGAGUCUUGAUAAAAGUAUAUGAAUUCUCCAUUUAUUUCCUCAUUUUAAAAUGUUAUUAUUUAGAAUUUUGGAUCUAAAUAAAAAGCAUUUGAAAAUUUA